AUGCCUACUACUACUGAAGCGUUGCACAUCCCCAUUACCAUCCAUAAGCCUAACCUUGACUUUGAGGCUCGCCAAGUUGCGGUUUUCAAGGAGGUCAUUGAGAACUUCGAAGUGAAGUGCUGCGAUGAACAUGACAUGGAGCGUCAGAAGAUCGUUGAGAAGGCGAAACGCGCGCUCCAAUCUAUGCAAAACCUGUGGGAGGAGAACGAGGCUGAAGAAAUCCGCAAACUUCGCGAGUUUGCUCAAUCCAAGGGGCUCACAUUUGAAGACGUUGCUAAAUUGAAGACCAAUAUUAACUAUCAUAAAUGCUCAUACCAGCUUGCCACGUGGUGCCAAAAGUUGACCAUGAUUCAGCAAAACUACCAGGCUAGUCACUCGGAACGACUUCUCACUAUGAAAAUGCCACCAGGAAGCCAUGAGAUCUCCCAACUCCACUUCCAAAUAAACUACCGUCUCGCUAUCAUGGCUUACGUCGUCAUCUCAAAUGUUCCAAAUGCUCGCGUCCGGCGAAUGAAUCCAUUCCAGGUGAUCUGCGGAGCCCAACUAUUGAUUCGGGCCCGCAUUCUGCCAGAUCCAGCUUCAUACCAUCUGAUGGCUAUGUUCAUCGAGGGAUCGGUUCGCGAUGCCAAUAGUCUCCUUCUCAACCAACCCGUUUGA